GGGCUUCCUUUCAGAGACACUCCUAUUUCGAGACCAGAAGCAGUUGCUAUAUUUGGGAAUUUGCUUGACGCGAAUACUGUGAACAGAUUGCUGAGAUUCAUACAUGGACGUAGAGUUGCUGGGACAUUAGGUGAUCCCAGUUUAUCGAAUCCGUACGACCAGCAAGCAUUCGAAGCUGGCUUGGAAUGGCUAAGGAAACAUGUCCCGGUGGAUGAAGUGGAAUGUGCGGGCCUCAGGGCUGAGUUGGAGCUUGCAGAGAUGGAAGGAGACGUUAUGGCUAAAGCACAGAGAGCUGGUCUGUAUGAACCGAAUUCCCAAGGGCAGAAAGAUGUAUAUGGAAAAAGUGGACUUGACGCAAUUCGGCGAGCCAAGGAGAAAGAGUUCGACGAAAGAGAGGCAAGAAAGAAAGCACAGUUGCGUGAAACGCGCGGGAUUGAACACAAGACUGGUAUGCUGGAAGAACUCAGCGCAAGAUCACAAGUCGAACUACGCAGACCUGGUGAAGACCCACGGCUCAAGUAUUACUUGGAACGAGCAAAAGUGCUGCCAGAUACGCCACCAGAGAUGUCGAAGUUCCAACGCCUUUGGCCAUCUGGACUUGUUGUUUUGGCUUUUGUGACCGGUUGCUCCAUUUUUGCGACGGUAUACACACCUCCAAAGAAAGAGUGGAGAUUAUGGCCAGAUAUCCCACCGGCUGCUGCGACUAUCAUAGGUCUGAUCUUCGCAAACGCAAUCGUUUUGGGUGCCUGGAGAGUUCCAGCUCUGUUCCGGAUGUUGAAUAAAAACUUCAUCACAGUACCCGGAUACCCCUUCGCAAAGAGUAUGAUUGGCAGCAUGUUCUCUCACCAACAAUUUUCUCAUUUCGCUCUCAACAUGGGGGUUUUAUGGUUCGUCGGAAUUCGACUACAUGAGGAUGUUGGACGAGGGACUUUUCUUGCAAUCUACCUUAGCAGCGGGGCCGUUGGAACGUUUACAUCUCUCGCCUUCUAUGUUCUGAGGAACAACUUUACGUCUUCGUCGCUUGGUGCUUCAGGGGCCCUUUGUGGUAUAGUUGCAGCAUACUUGCUGAUGCACUCCGCCGAGAAGGUAACCUUCUGGGGAGUCCCACCCGACUUGGAUUGGCUAAAGGUCUCAACAAUGACAAUAUUAUCGGCUGUUAUUGCCAUGGAGGUUUUUCACAUGAUACGCCCAAUAUCCAAGCGUGUGGGUAGUCAUGCAGGUAUUGAUCAUUGGGCACAUUUGGGAGGAUAUGCUGCUGGGAUUGUGGGGGCAGAGGUUGUGAAAGCGCGAGAGCAACAGAGAAAG